GGCAACGCACCCUGCAAUAAUAAACGGGCGCCUGUGCUCGAAUGCUUGGCGAAGCCGACUACACUCGUAAAUAUGCGCGAAAGUUAAGCGGAGAGGCUCCUUCAGCUUCCUCAGCGCACAGCAGCUGCUCGGGGAGCGCAUAACGAACACAACCAGAACUUCACCACGGCCGCGGAACAAAGCAAAAGAGGCCAAACGGCAGACGAGAGGAAACGGGAAACGUCAACAACGUGCGACCACACAGAAGAUUUGGAACGGGCAUUCAAUAAAAACAUGGAGGACUUUGAGAUUACUGCCGCCCUUAAUAGAAAUCGGAGGAUCCCCCACCCCCAGUCAAGAGGUAAGAGUGAGUAGGAAAAUACUCAGAAGAAACCACGCGACCAGUGGUCCGAAAAGGCGACCUGGACGCUUAUAAAGCUGUGGGAGGACCACCUGGACGCUUUACGAGGUCACAAACAACGGCGGGGUGUACGACAAGAUUGCCAAAAGCCUCAGCAGCAUGGGCCUUCCCCGCACGCGGGCACAAGUCCACAGUAAAAUAGAUAACUUGACUCAGACAUACAGAAAACAUGAACGAGACCUAACAACUGGGUCUUCGCCACCGACGUGGCCGUACUUCAACGAAAUUAAAAGAUUUAUUGGUUGUUUACCCAUAAACGACUCAUCGCUCAUGGAGGAGAGCUGCUGCAACAGCAGCAGUGACACUGUUGAAAAGCUGAUCUCUGACAUGGAGAGCGGUCUCACUUCAGACAUGACCGACAGUGAAGGCACAUCGGUGCCAGGAACGCCGACAGAAGAGCCACCACCACCUUCACCCACCGUGCAGUCUGCUGUGAGCCUCGAAACGAGCACAGUAGCGCGCAAAACGAGGAAGCGACGGCGGACCAUGACGACAGCGACGGAAAUUCAAGGUGCCAUACUUGCCGAACAGAGAAUGCUGCGAGAGCAACUUGAACGGGCACAAGAAACUGAAUUCGAGCUGCGAAGCAAACACCUGCAGCUGCAAGAAAAGCUCGUGAAUGCAGUUGUUGGUUUUUUUAAUAAAACUUGAGGCAGAAAAAAUGGUCACUUUGUUUUAUUCACGAGUGUGAGCACAAAGCACUUGCAUGUUGGGGCCCAAUUUCUAGAAGUGAGCUACCAAGGUCUACACCCUCUGUCUGAAGUAGUCCACGAGUGCAGAACGCACACUGGCUGCAUUUCCAAUUUCAGAAUCGCUACUACGCACUGGCUGGGGCAGUUGGUUGUUAGACUGUUGUACAUCCUGGAGCCACUGAAACUGAACUGCAUCAUUGAAAUGCUCACAAAUGUUGUUGAGCACGCAGCAUGCCCGAAUCACCAGGCGGGCAUUGUCAAUAUCACAUUCCAUUCUCUUCGACGUGAAGCGAAAUCUUGCUUUAAGUCUCCCAAAAGCGUUUUCUACUAUACGUCUUGCUCGGCUGAUGUGGUAAUUGAAUGUUCUCUGGUCUUCAUUCAGUGGACCGUUGUGUCCAAAUGGCUUAAUGAGAUUUGGUGUUAGUGGGAAUGCUUGGUCGCACAAUAUCAGAGGUGGGACGGCAACUCCUCCAAUUGCUGCAGCCGGAGCCUUAAAAAGGGGACUUGCAACCAUCUGGGAGAGGCUCGACAUUCGGUAAACGUGAGAGUCGUGGCUUCUUCCAGGGGCACCCACGUUUAUAUACCUGAAACGGUACUUGUGGUCCACGAGAGCCAGAAGAAUAAUGCUGUGCGUGCAAAAAUGAACAUAUACACAGUAGUCGAGUCAAUAAGAACGUCUUAUUUAAAAGCGGUUGCAAUUUUGAUGUUCAUAGAUUAAGAACAAUCCAUGAACGCGUUGACAAGACGUUGGGAUGGAAAACUGGACAUGUUGGUUUGGCAUUUUGUGAGGUGAAAGGCACUAGACAACACACAUAAUAUAUCUCUUAUUUGUGUCUAUGGUGCUUUCACCUCAGAACAUUGACAUCGGCCUCAUAUUCAAGUAAUUUCCUAACAUUAGCCCUAUAUGUACAAUCUCCUAAAGCUCUCCUGAUCAUAUCUUCACUGUGUAUC